CUGACUCCAACGUGUACCUGCCUAGUUCAUAGUUCAACUCACCCCCUGGAAAUUAAUUAAUCGGGGUAAUGAGGAUUUUUCCGCUCCUCUCGGGGGAACUGCUGUCAUGCUGUCUGAUCUUGGAGGAAUGAAACUACUGGGAAGUGGCGGUACCGUCAACAGGUAGUUCAUGUGCAUUAUUAUGACCUCGAUUUUAAGUGGAUGGUAUCGUCGGGAGGGCAUGGAGUCGUGAAGGGGUGACACGUGCUCGCACGAAUGAGCGCCAGGGAUGACGACGAGGAUGUCCAGACGGGGGAGAGCUGCAGGGCGAAGAAGGUGGAGGAUGGUUCAUGUAAAGUGGAAGAACUGGGGGGGCGAAGGGAGAGCAAUAAUAACGAGGAGAUCAGCGGGGCCAUGCUGUCCAUCAGCGGCUCAGCACCCACAAUGGCAUUUCCUGCCACCCUCCAAGAACGUUUCCUCCACAUAAAACAGAUUGUUAAAGAGGCGAUAGAGUCACACCACACAUUUAUGAUCUACGGUCGUGCCAAGGUCGUGCGUGAAUGCAUGUUAAAACGAGGAUGGAUUGAGAAAUUGUGCCGUAGAAGUAGCAAUGGUGACCGUGUGAGAUAUUUGCCAGAGAGAAAGACUCGACGUUUACAAAAUUCGAAAUUUACAGUAGACAGUCAACAGCAGGGUCAGCAGUUGCCGAGCCAGGGGGGUCAGCAGAGUGUUCAAGGACACGUGGGGGUGGAUACGAGUCCUGUCGUGUUGCUAUCGGGCAUUGGGGAUCUGAGGGAUGAGCAGAGCCAGAGGCUCCUCAUGUCGAAGAUGCUGGCAAAUCACACGGUGGAUUUUCUCUGGAACUCUGGGUCUGACUGGCCUGGCUGGCCCAGUCAGGACAACAAAACUACUAUUUUCAAUCGAUACUCGAGGGCUGGGUUCACUUCCAAGGUUGGACUUUGCGCUAACGUGCGGCAAAUGCACUGGUAUUACGAGCCUGGGGUUGCAAAUACCCUGUUCCCCAGGUGCUACAACGUCUGCCAGGCCGACCACAUGCAUGCGUUCAUCGACGAUUUCAGACAUACAGCCUGCUUAAGCAUCCUAAAGUGGUUCAUCGAGAAGGUGAACAACGAGGGUGAGAACCUGGCAGUGUCCUCCGGCGGCACAGUCCCCCUGAAAGCUCUAGAUUUCGCGAUAAGACGCUGCAGCGAUUACAUCGAGGCCCAGUCCCACGAGGACAUCGACAAAGAGUGCGAGAGGGUCUGGUCCCACCAGUGGGAGCAAUUCAUCACCUGGUACUACAAAAUUGUUCAUGAGGAGGAGACAUUCUUCGGGACUAAUGUCUCCGUACAUAAAUAUCUGCAAGCCUCAAAGCACAUUAUCAAGCGGAUCCGCAAGUACUGGCACCAGCUCGACAUGGACGGAGUAUCGAACGUAUGGAUCCUCAAGCCAGGAAACAAAAGUCGAGGUCGUGGAAUUGUUCUCAUUAAUAAAAUCGAGGAUGUCGUGGCUAAAGUUAAUCCAGCCAACAAGUCAGACACUCGUUACGUCGUACAAAAAUACAUCGAGAGGCCAUUAUUAAUCCACAACACGAAAUUCGACAUAAGACAGUGGUUCAUCGUAACGUGCGCCCAACCCCUGACUCUGUGGAUGUACAGGGAGAGCUAUCUCAGGUUUUGCUCCCAGGAAUUUCGACUCAGUGAUCUACACGAGUCGGUGCAUCUUAGUAAUCAUGCUGUACAAUGUAAAUAUAAAAAUAGUCCGGAGAGAAAUUCAGCACUGCCACCGGAUAAUAUGUGGGAUGCCACGACGUUCAAACAUUUUUUGAGAUCUCAAGGUCACAAUACCGCAUGGGACGAGUUGAUAUACCCAGGCAUGAAGCAAGGGCUCGUCGGUUCCCUUUUGGCAAGUCAGGAGGCUAUGGACAGGCGAAAGAACAGCUUUGAACUUUACGGAGCUGAUUUCAUGGUCAUGGAGGACUUCUCUGUCUGGUUGAUAGAAAUCAAUAGCCAUCCGGACAUGAGUUAUUCCACCAGCGUUACCAGUCGAUUAUGCAAACAAGUGAUGGAGGAUACUGUCAAGGUUAUCGUGGAUUUUCGCGAAGAUAAAAAUGCAGACACUGGAUUAUUUGAACUUGUUUACAAACAGAAGAUGCCAAAUUGCCAGCCGUAUUUAGGGGCCGCGCUGUCUGUUCAGGGGACGAAAAUUAGUUCUAAUGAGAGGAGAUUGACGCAUUUGGAUCCGAGAGUUCUCCCGAAAUUUCCAUUGAGUUGCCUAUCAAGCAGGAAAAAAUCCACUGCCAACAGUUACAUAGGGCCAGUGAUCGUUGACCUCAUCGAGGAAUUAGAAAUUCAACUAGAUCGUGAAUUACACUCGUACUGCAAGCUCGACUCGCCAAUUGACUCUAACAAUUCAUCACCGAUACUAUCUUCCCCGGUACUAUCAUCCUCUAGAGCUCCCUUGGCAUUAAUUCAAGGUAAAAUCGAGGCUACACCACCUGGCUCGAUAAUACCCAGCAGUUCCGGUGGCCUCAGUCCCACAGCAAAAUCGCCGACUCAACUUGCCCAAACUACACCAAAAAGUAGUCGUUCAACGAACUCUACACUGAGAACUCCCAGCAAAUUAAAGAAAAUAACAACGGAUUUAUCGCCGGGGCAGACAGCUGCUGGCAGAAUAUCGAGGAGUCAACGAGAGGCUAAAACUGCUGUUGAAACGAGAUCUAAUAAAUCAGAUAGAACUAAAGUUCCAAAUGAAGAGAAGCUAAUUGGAGUAGCAAUGCGCAACGCAAUGAACAAAUACAAAAAAUACGGAGCAGCCCCCCUGGAGGUUCCCCCCCUGCCGUCUCUCCUGUUCCCCUCAAAAAUAGGCAAUCGAAUGAUUCGCUCAUCGUCAGUGAGCACAAAAACCCGAAACAUUCCAAGCAGAAUGAAACGAAGAGACGACUCCCCAGACAUGGCUGAAAUGUACGCAGUGGGUCUUGGAUUGACAAAAUGAGAAAAAAGCCCCCUUCAUUCAUCAUAUUUUCUCGCUUAUUCUUCCUCAAUCUGUUCUGUACAUAAUGGCAUUAAAAUAUUUAUUUAAUGUAAAAAAUGACAAGAUGAACUAAUUAAAAAAAAUUGAACUUUA